AUGCCCCCCCCCCCCGUUCCCCAACACCCCAUCCAUGCACUGCCGCCCGCUCCUCAACACCCCGUCCACGCCGCCCGCUCCCCGACACCCCGUCCACCCCGACACCCCGUCCACCCGGUCCGCUCCGGCCCCUCCAUGUACCCUCGCCCGGUCCCCGACACCCCGUCCACUCACCGCCGCCCACUCCCCGGGCAUCCACGCACCCGUGCCCACUCCCUCACACCCCAUGUCCACGCAGCCGGCUCCCCGACACCCCGUCGGCUCCCCGGCCCUGCACGCACCUCGCCCGCUCCCAGACACCCUGUCCACUCACCGCCACCCGCUCCCGGACACCUCGAAAGCUCCCCGGCCCUCCACGCACCUGGCCCGUUCCCAAACACUCCGUCCACUCACCGCCACCCGCUCCCGGACACCUCGUCUGCUCCCCGGCCCUCCACGCACCUGGCCCGUUCCCAAACACUCCGUCCACUCACUGCCACCCGCUCCCCGACACCCCGUCUGCUCCCAGCCUUCCACGCACCUGGCCCACUCCCAGACACCCCGUCCACUCACCGCCGCCCGCUCCCCGACACCCCGUCUGCUCCCGGCCCUCCACGCACCUCGCCAAGCUCCCCGACACCCCGUCCACUCACCGCCGCCCGCUCCCCGACACCCCGUCCACUCACCGCCGCCCGCUCCCCGACACGCCGUCCACUCCGCCCGCUCCCCGACACCCCUCCGCUCCCCCGGCCCUCCACGCACCUCGCCCGCUCCCCGACACCCCGUCCACGCCGCCCGCUCCGCCCCGCCCCGCCCCGCCCGCGCCGGGCCGCGCACUACAACUCCCACGAUGCCGCGCCGCCGCCCCCCGGCUUCCGGUGCUGCGCAGUUUCCGGAGCGGAUCGCAACCCGGAGUCCGGAUCCGAUCCUGCUCUGCACAUUCCAAAGGCAGGUAAAGCCCCGGGCCCGGCCCGCCGCCCGCCCCGGCGCGCGCCCCCGGCCCGGCCCGCGCCGCCCGCCCGCCGCCGCCCGGCGCCCGCCCGCCCCGCCGCGCCCGCCCGCCCCGGUCCAGCCGCCAUGCCGACUGUUCUUUGUUACAUUCGCCGGCCGCGGGCGCCGUGGGCGAUCGGAGUCAAAACCCGGCUGGAUUUCCGGAGCCGCUCCGGGAUCGCCCUGCGCGCCCGCCCGCCGCCGCCCGCCGGGUCCCGCCGCCGCGGGCGCUCCGGGCCGUUCGCGCCCGCCGCCCAGUACCGGGCCUGCGCCGCGCCCGCCGCCCGCCGCCCACGGCCCGGCUCGCACCCUCCGCGCCGCCCGCCCGCGCCCACGCACGCGCCCCGCGCCCCCGGCCGCCCGCUCCCGCUGCGGGGCCGGCCCGGCGCCCACCGCCCUCCGCGCCGCCCACCGCUCUCCGCGCCGCCCUGGCGGGCCCGCUGCCCCCGCGCAGCCCAGUGUGGGCGCCAGGCCCCGGCCACGCAAAACGGCCCCCGCCUGCCCAGCGCGGGGUUUCCGCGCCCUCCGCCUCGCGUGGCCUCCCUGACGUCGCUUCCCGCGUCCUUCGGCAGAGCCCGGCAACACGGAGAGGCCCCGGGCCCCAGCCCCUAG